UUCGGCACCGUCCGGAUCGAGGUCUCGUGAUCUUGGAUUAGUCUACUUCAUACUUCAUCAGUGCAGAAAGUGGAUUCCGUGAAAGAACGCGAUGUCUCUUGUAGUAAUCGUGCUGCAAACGGUAAUAUAUGCCGUAGUUUUCGUAAAAAUAUUUAAAUGGCUCUACGAAUAUUAUGAGUUUGCUAAAAUCAUUGACAAAAUACCUGGACCCAAAGCUUACCCUUUAAUAGGGAACACGCUUAUUUUUAGAAAAGUUAAACACGACGAUCGCUAUGAAUGGUUCCGUGGAGUGUGUGACCAGUAUCAUGGUGGAAUAUUUCGUACUUGGCUUGGAACUAUAGCCAGCGUUCAUCUCACUUCGCCAGAAACUGUCAGCACGGUCUUGGCUAGUAGGACGCUAAUUACCAAAUCGCCCAUAUACGAUUUCAUUCAUCCAUGGUUGGGUACAGGACUACUAACUUCUACGGGAGAUCAGUGGCAUCAGCAAAGAAAACUGAUUACGCCAACCUUCCAUUUCAAUAUAAUGGACGAAUAUUCCGUAGUAAUGUUUGAAAAGGCGGAAAUUUUGAAGGAAUGCAUCGAAUCGGAACUCAAAAAUAAUCCAAACGAACCAAUCGAUGUGUUUGAUUUUCUAACAAGAUGUGCACUGGACAUAAUCUGUGAAGCGGCAAUGGGAGUCAACAUCAAUGCUCAAACGGACCAGGACGCUGAGUAUUCCACAGCUUUGCAUGGAAUUACCACUCAAGCUGUUGACCGAAUUUUCCGACCUUUGCUACACUACGACUGGUUGUACUAUCACACUCGGGAUGGAAAAAAAUUCAAACGUACUGUCGAAACAGCACACAAGUUUACAAAACAGGUAAUAAGUGAAAAAAAACUUGCCCGACAAAAUCGACAGCGACACAAUGCCGAUGAAAAUAGUAUGUCCGAGAAACCAAAACGUCAGGCAUUUUUAGACCACUUAUUAGAUGCGUGUGACCGUGAAAAGAUGCCCCUCACGGACGAGGAGUUACGAGAACAAGUAGACACGUUUCUUUUUGCGGGUCACGAUACGUCAUCUUCAAGUAUGAGCUGGGCUCUUUUCUGCAUCGGUAAUAAUCCAGACGUUGAAGAGAAAAUUCACGAGGAACAUCUCCGUAUCUUUGGGGAAUCAAAAGAACCGGCAACGCUCCGCCAAAUUAAUGAACUCAAAUAUCUUGAAAGAGUGAUAAAAGAAACCCUGAGGUUAUUUCCGUCCGCGCCGUCAGUGGGUCGAACAGUAACCGAAGACUUGGAAAUUGCUGGAUAUAAAAUCCCGAAGAACUCUAUCGCUGGUAUUCAAAUACACUACAUUCAUCGGGAUCCGAAACAUUGGCCAAAUCCGGAUAAAUUCGACCCGGAUAGAUUUUUACCGGAGAAUUCUCAAGGGCGACAUCCGUACGCGUAUAUACCAUUCAGUGCCGGACCCAGAAACUGCAUUGGACAAAAGUUCUCUCUCUUGGAACAAAAGAUCGUAUUAACUGCGAUAUUAAGAGAGUGGAAAGUGAAGAGCGCUCUAAAAUAUGAGGAGGCCAAGUGCUACAAUGAUUUCAUUCUCAGGCCACAACAAGGAAUCAAGAUUUAUUUCACUCGCAAAUAUAUAAUUUACCCGUCGAAAGAACCUCUGAUGCACAAACCUUGCGUCAAACUCUCUGUAUAUGAUCCGAAGCAAGCAACUGUACGUAGCGAAGAUAGUCAAGCAGCGAAUGUUGAAGCUGAAGCCAGUGGACCUUACGGAAACGUCAUGGGUGUUUUGGUACUGCUACUUACGGCAGCAUGUGCCAUAAUUUUAAUAAGAAUAUGUCAAUUAUUCCACAAAUUUUAUCGCUUUGCCAAAAUAAUCGAUAAGAUUCCUGGACCAAAAUCUUAUCCAAUCGUUGGAACUGCGCUCGCCCUAAGUAAAGUCAAACGUAACGAUUUGUACAAAUGGUUCCAGGCUCGGUGUAAAGAGUACGAGGGUGGAAUAUUUCGUAUAUGGAUUGGCAUAAAAGCCGAUAUUCACCUCAGUACAGCUGAAAAUGUUAGCACGAUUCUCCCAAGUAAGAGUCUUAUUACCAAAUCCGAGACGUACGAUUUCAUUCACCCGUGGCUGGGUACAGGCCUGAUAACUUCUACAGGUGAUAAAUGGAAUCGGCAAAGAAAACUUCUCACUCCAGCUUUCCAUUUCAACAUACUGGAAGAAUAUUCAGCCGCAAUGUUUGAAAAGGCAGAAAUAUUGAAGCAAUGCAUCGAGUCAGAACUUAAAAAUUGCCCAAACGAACCGAUCGACAUGUUCACUCUCAUCACAAGAUGUGCACUGGACAUCAUCUGCGAAUCUGCAAUGGGGAUCAACAUCAAUGCUCAGAUAGACCACAGUUCGGAGUAUUCCGUGGCUUUACAUAAAAUCAGCUAUGAAACUAUCGAACGAAUUUUCCGUCCUUGGAUACACAACGACUGGUUUUAUUACCAGCUCCGUCGUGGAAAGGAAUACAAAAAUAGUGUUGAAACUGCACAUAGAUUUACAGCGAAGGUGAUAUCUAAAAAAAAAAUGACCUGGAAAUCCCAACAAGAAAAUAAUUCGAACAAGUACACAGAGUUCGAAAAACAAAAACGGCGGGCAUUUUUGGAUCACUUAUUGGAUGCUUGUGCCCGCGAGAAGACUCCCCUUACUGACAACGAGUUGAGAGAAGAAGUGGACACUUUUCUAUUCGCGGGGCAUGAUACAACAGCCGCAGCUAUAAGUUGGGGUCUUUUCUGUAUCGGCAAUAAUCCGGACGUCGAAGAGAAAAUUCAUCAGGAACAGUUGCGCGUCUUUGGGGAUUCGGUAGAGCCGGCGACGCUAAACCAAAUUAACGAACUUAAAUACCUUGAAAGAGUGGUGAAGGAAACUAUGAGGCUAUUUCCUCCUGUACCGACGGUGGGACGAAUUAUGUCGGAAGAGAUAAACAUAGCCGGAUAUAAAAUCCCCAAAGGUACCAACAUCACUGUUCACAUACACCACAUUCAUCGGGAUCCGAAACAUUGGACGAAUCCCGAAAAAUUCGACCCAGAUAGAUUUUUACCGGAGAAUUCUCAAGAACGACAUCCGUACGCUUAUGUGCCUUUCAGUGCUGGGCCAAGGAAUUGUAUCGGACAAAGGUUUUCUUUGUUGGAACAAAAGAUCGUGUUGACUACGGUAUUGCGAAAAUGGAGAAUUAAGAGCGCUCUAAAAUAUGAAGAAGCCGAAUGCUACAUUGAAAUAAUUCUGAGGCCGCAAAAUGGAAUCAAGAUUUACUUCACACCUAAAUAAGACAGAAGAAUACGAAAGAGAAGAAACAAUAGCGUUACAGCCACUGACUCGAUGUUGAUUUUUUUCAACAAACGAGCCCUUGUGUUAUUCUAAUAAUGAUUUACUGAGAGAUUAUAUAACAUAACCGAGAUAAUGUUCAAAAUAAAAAAAAAAAAAAAAAAAGAUACAGUAGUGUUACACAUAUAAAUGAUAUGUUUGCUUACAUCCACAGCUGUAAAAAUCGUGACAGUAUAUUAUAACCAAUUUUAGUUUUAUUGAAUCGUUUAAUAGAUUAGGCAAUUAAAUACCACUAAUUGUUAGUUGCGCGUGAAAAAUGAGAGUUGGGUUCUAUAUGUUUCUUUAUUCGAUUGAGAAAGCAUAUUAAAACUCAAAGAGUAAGUUCAAUCGAUCUUCGUUACAACACGAGAGCAGCAAGUAGCGAAGAAAUAAGUAGAGAAAAACGAAAAACAGCAAAGGGAGCACAGCAAGCAGAUUAUACAGAGAAGUUAAUUCGUUUAUAACAAAUUCCAAAAGUACUAAAAGGUAGUAGCAUGCAGACUUAUAAAAAUGACACGAAGAAAUGGUUUCGUGACCAGGAUAGGAAUUUCUAUCAUGAAUUAGAACACUGAAAACACAACGAAACAUUCAUCAUCCUAACGCCCUUACCGACAAACUUGACCAACUUGAGUGUAAAUUCGCACCCCGAUCUCAUAGAUAAUGCUAUAAUAUCCGAUAAAAAAAAAAAAAAAUAAGUUGCGGGUGCGAAUU